AUGAGUGAUAUGUUAGUGAAAUUAUGGCAGUAUUUAAAAGGAUCAGCCACAGCACAGAGAUAUUGGAAGAACACUCAAAAGCAUGGGGUGCAGUUGUCUGUGGUGGAAAUAUUUGAAGUGUGGAAAUUACAAAGUGUUAAAAUCUUUGAAAUAACAUUUAAACUAACAGUUGAAAAACAUUGGAGACCAGGGGUCUAUAUUGACUAUAUGUUCUGCUACUCUUACAAUUUCUGGAAAAUGCCCUUUAUUUCUACAAAUGAUGUGCUGAAGACAAACCAGACUACUGUUGUGGAUUUCAUAUUACUGGGCUUUCAAAAUCUUCAUAGUUUCCGUAUCCCAUUUUUUAUUCUUAUUGCUACUGUUUACACUGCAACUGUUGCUGCAAAUCUUCUGAUUGUUUUUCUAAUAUCAUCCAGUCCUAAUUUAAAUUCCCCUAUGUACAUAUUUCUUAGUCACCUCUCUAUCUCAGACAUCUUAAUUAGUACAAACGUUGCGCCUAAUACAUUACGAGUCAUAUUAUUAGGUAAAACACCUAUACCUGUUCUUGGAUGUAUUACUCAAUUAUAUUUCUUUGGUGCCACAACAAUUUUAGAGUGUUGCCUCCUAACAGUAAUGUCUUAUGACAGAUACUUAGCCAUUUGUGACCCAUUGCGCUACUCAUCAAUUAUGAACUUCAAGCUUCCAAAUUAUCUUGUUAUUUAUUCAUGGAUGGUGGGUUUCUUGCAACCAUUGAUAACUCAUACACUUAUAUUACAACUGGAAUUUUGUGGCCCGAAUAUCAUCGAUCAUUUCUUUUGUGAUGUUGCUCCUCUCCUUCAAUUGUCUUGCUCUGAUAGAACAUUGGUGCAAAUCGAAGUAUCUAUUGUUGCUUUGUUUGUUGGCCUUCUCCAAUUCCUUUUUAUCAUAAUAACAUAUGUCCUAAUUUUUUACUCUAUCCUUCAUAUGACCUCCAUUGCAGGGAGAGAGAAGGCUUUCUCUACUUGUAGUUCGCAUCUAGCUGUUGUUUGCACAUACUAUGGAACCCUGAUCAUACUCUACUUAUCUCCAAAACGAGGGUAUUCUUUCAAUUUGAAUAAGAUGUUAUCACUAGUAAACACUGUUGUCACUCCAUUAUUUAAUCCCAUUAUAUACAGUCUGAGGAACAAAGAGAUCAGAAUAGCUAUAAAGAAAAUGAUAAAUAUAAAAUAA